AUGGUGCAGAAGUCGCGUAACGGCGGCGUGUACCCUGGCCCGAGCGGGGAGAAGAAGCUCAAGGUGGGCUUCGUGGGGCUGGACCCAGGCGCGCCCGACUCCACCCGGGACGGCGCGUUGCUCAUCGCCGGCUCCGAGGCCCCCAAGCGCGGCAGCAUCCUGAGCAAGCCGCGUGCGGGUGGCGCGGGCGCUGGGAAGCCCCCCAAGCGCAACGCCUUCUACCGCAAGCUGCAAAAUUUCCUCUACAACGUGCUGGAGCGGCCGCGCGGCUGGGCGUUCAUCUACCACGCCUACGUGUUCCUGCUGGUCUUCUCCUGCCUUGUGCUGUCCGUGUUCUCCACCAUCAAGGAGUACGAGAAGAGCUCUGAGGGCGCACUCUACAUCCUGGAAAUCGUGACCAUCGUGGUGUUCGGUGUGGAGUACUUCGUGCGGAUCUGGGCUGCGGGUUGCUGUUGUCGGUACCGUGGCUGGAGAGGGCGGCUCAAGUUUGCCCGGAAGCCCUUCUGCGUGAUUGACAUCAUGGUGCUCAUCGCGUCCAUCGCCGUGCUGGCUGCCGGUUCCCAGGGCAAUGUGUUCGCCACAUCGGCGCUCCGGAGCCUGCGCUUCCUGCAGAUCCUGCGCAUGAUCCGAAUGGACCGGCGGGGCGGCACCUGGAAGCUGCUGGGCUCCGUGGUCUAUGCGCACAGCAAGGAGUUGGUCACUGCCUGGUAUAUCGGCUUCCUCUGCCUCAUCCUGGCCUCAUUUCUGGUGUACUUGGCGGAGAAGGGGGAGAACGAUCACUUUGAUACCUAUGCGGACGCACUCUGGUGGGGCCUGAUCACCCUGACAACCAUUGGCUACGGGGACAAGUACCCCCAGACCUGGAACGGGAGGCUCCUGGCAGCGACCUUCACCCUCAUCGGUGUCUCCUUCUUCGCUCUUCCUGCCGGCAUUUUGGGGUCUGGCUUUGCCCUGAAAGUUCAAGAGCAGCACCGUCAGAAGCACUUUGAGAAGAGGCGGAACCCCGCAGCAGGUCUGAUCCAGUCCGCCUGGAGGUUCUAUGCCACCAACUUGUCGCGCACGGACCUGCACUCCACGUGGCAGUACUACGAGCGCACGGUGACGGUCCCCAUGUACAGCUCGCAAACUCAAACCUACGGGGCCUCCAGACUGAUCCCACCUCUCAACCAGCUGGAGCUGCUGCGGAACCUCAAGAGCAAGUCUGGACUUACCUUCAGGAAGGAGCCCCAGCCGGAGCCAUCUCCCAGUAAAGGCAGACGGUGCGCAGAGUCCCUGUGUGGAUGCUGCCCAGGACACGCUAGUCAGAAGGUCAGUUUGAAAGACCGUGUCUUCUCCAGCCCCCGCGGCGUGGCUGCCAAGGGCAAGGGGUCCCCUCAGGCCCAGACCGUCCGCCGGUCACCCAGCGCCGACCAGAGCCUGGAGGACAGUCCAAGCAAGGUGCCCAAGAGCUGGAGCUUCGGGGAACGUGGCCGCGCCCGGCAGGCAUUCCGGGCCAGGGGUGCUGCUUCGCGGCAGAACUCGGAAGAAGCAAGUCUCCCAGGGGAGGACAUCGUGGACGAUAAUAAGAGCUGCAACUGCGAGUUUGUGACAGAGGAUCUGACCCCAGGCCUCAAAGUCAGCAUCCGGGCCGUGUGUGUCAUGCGGUUCCUGGUGUCCAAGCGGAAGUUCAAGGAGAGCCUGCGGCCCUACGACGUGAUGGAUGUGAUUGAGCAGUACUCAGCUGGCCACCUAGACAUGCUGUCCCGCAUCAAAAACCUGCAGUCCAGGAUAGAUAUGAUUGUGGGCCCCCCACCCCCUUCAACUCCCCGGCACAAGAAGUACCCCAGCAAAGGACCCACGGCCCCUCCGAGAGAGUCACCCCAGUACUCACCUAGAGUGGACCAGAUCGUGGGGCGUGGCCCAGCGAUGGCGGACAAAGACCGAGGCAAGGGCCCGGCGGAGGCGGAGCUGCCCGAGGACCCCAGCAUGAUGGGGAGGCUGGGGAAGGUGGAGAAGCAGGUCCUGUCCAUGGAGAAGAAGCUGGAUUUCCUGGUGAACAUCUACAUGCAGCGCAUGGGUGUCCCUCCGACGGAAACCGAGGCCUACUUUGGGGCCAAGGAGCCGGAGCCGGCGCCACCGUACCACAGCCCCGAAGACAGCCGGGACCACGGUGGCCGGAGCGGCUGCAUCAUCAAGCUCGUCCGCUCCACCAGCUCCGUGGGCCAGAAAAACUUCGCGGCACCCCCGCCUGCACCCCCCGCCCAGUGCCCACCCUCCACCUCGUGGCAGCAGCAGUGCCACCCCCGCCCAGGCCACGGCACCUCACCCGUGGGGGACCACAGCUCGCUAGUGCGCAUCCCGCCACCACCCGCCCAUGAGCGGUCCCUGUCUGCUUACAGUGGGGGCCACCGGGCCAGCACGGAGUUCUUGAGGCCGGAGGACGCCCCGGCCUGCAGGCCCCACGAGGGCGCACUGAGGGACAGUGACACAUCCAUCUCCAUUCCAUCCGUGGACCACGAGGAGCUGGAGCGCUCCUUCAGUGGCUUCAGCAUCUCCCAGUCCAAGGAGAACCUGGAUGCCCUCAACAGCUGCUACGCGGCGGUCGCUCCGUGCGCCAAAGUCAGGCCCUACAUCGCAGAGGGCGAGUCGGACACGGACUCGGACCUCUGCACCCCGUGCGGGCCCCCACCGCGCUCCGCCACGGGCGAGGGCCCCUUUGGUGAUAUGGGCUGGGCCGGGCCCCGGAAGUGA